CCAUCGGUUCCAUCUUCUCCCUUCCUCGUCACACGGUCCGGUAAACUGCUAUCAGGGAGCCGAAAAAUAACGGGACACCCACACCUUUUUAGAAGGACGUCUCCACAACAGUCUUUUUCUUUCGGGUGGUGAAUUCCGUGUUAGUGUUGAAUUAGCUGAGAUGAGACAGCGCAACUGUAAUUUGUUGUCUUAGAUGAGCCGUGUCAGAAAAAGCAGUAUGAGAUGACAUCCGCAGUGAAAAGAAUAGCGUGAUAUAUUUGGUUUAGAUCUGAAUUGAGCGCUAUUGAUAAUGUAUCAUCUGUUUGAUGACAUUUUGUGAAGAACUGAAAGUGUUUCGACCGAUUAGACGCAGUCUCGGGUGACACUGACAACGACAACGGAUUUAGGCGUUUAUCACAAAUGACAGACGUUUCUUUCUUAUGACGCUAUAUUCCAUAUAUUGACCAUGUUUUAUUAGACUACAGUCUAUAUUUUUAGAUGGUCUUGAAUAGAUAUAAUCGCGAUUGAAUAGAAAUCAUUGCGCCCCUUCAAAGCACUGCAAAGAGCAUAGGCUACCCCUUUUUUUGUGGGAGCUUCUCUUCAUCGAAGAUGCGACGAUGAGUUUUCAUAACGGCAAAUCGGCACAAUGUACUAGUAACUAGUAACUAGUCUAUUAGGCUACUAUUUAUUUUGAAUACAUUUUUAUGAAACAUAGAAGAAAAGUAAAUGAACAUUGCACAGCUAAAUCAUUUAAAUAAAAUCAUGGAUUUUAUUUAAUCAUGCUCAAUACAUUUUAUUUUAUUGCCUGAACAAUCUGAACAGACCCAAUUCCCCUCCAGUAAAACUGAGAGCAGAACUUCUCUGUGAUGUUGGACAUUAGAAUGAAGGAGGCGUGUCGGAUCUGCGCCCGCGAGCUCUGCGGAAAUCAGCGGCGAUGGAUCUUCCACCCAGCCUCCAAACUCAACCUGCAGGUGCUGCUGUCCCACGCCCUGGGCAGGGAGCUGACCCGUGAUGGCCGGGGGGAGUUUGCCUGUUCCAAGUGUGCCUUCAUGCUGGACCGCAUGUACCGCUUCGACACAGUGAUCGCCCGCGUGGAGGCUCUGUCCCUGGAGCGCCUGCACAAGCUGCUGCUGGAGAAGGACCGGCUGAGACAGUGUAUAGGAGGCUUGUACUGGAAGAACAACACCGAGGACCAGAUCCAGGAUCAGACUGGGAUGCGAAUGGGGAUAGGGCUAGGGGUUACUGGGGCUGGAGGGCUAGGGGGUACUGGGGCUCCACCACAGGGGAGUCACCCUCAGACAGCCCACCACUCUCUGUCCAGUGGCGGGCUGUCUGAGGUUGACUCCCCUGUGGUGGACCUCUCAGCCCUGCAGGAGGCCAGGUACAGCUCCCUGCUUCAGGGCGACCUGGCCUAUUCUGUGUACGAAUCCUGGGCCGACCACGAGGACCAGCAGAGUCCGGCCCCGGAUCACCAGCACCACACCCAGCAUCAUCACCCUCAAUGCUCAGGAUCAGAGACUCUGUCUGGGCAUCGCUCCAGGCGGUGCAGAGGGUGUGCGGCUCUCCGUGUGGCCGACUCUGACUACGAGGCCGUGUGUAAGGUACCUCGGCGGUUAGGCAGGAGGAGCACGUCGUGUGAACCCUCCACCCGCUACUCAGGCAGUGAUGGGGGUGAGGAGACCUCCACAGGGUCAGAGUCCACGCCUGUCCCCUCAGAGUCCUCUCCCAUGGGGCCAGAGAGCGACAGGACCCUGUGCGAUGGGGACACAGAGAGGAUAACCCUCAGCCCGGGCUCAUCGAUAGAAUCUCAGGACACAGCCGUGGACGUGGCUCAGCCCUGUACCGCUCACCAAGUUGGGGAAGAGGAAGAGCAGGGAGAGGGAGGAGAGAAGGACUCAGGGAGGGAUCAGAGGCGAGACCCUCGUCUCCAGGGGGAUGAUGCCCCCAGGGAGGGGUCAGUCUCUGGGUUGACCAUGGAACUGGCUCUAAGUCUAGUGAGGAUCUGGGAGUACAGACCUCUAAAGUCCCCUCAAGGCAGCAAGCUCCCUAUCCUGGUCAAACCCAAACUGGAGACGGGCCUCUCUGGGCUCCCCCUGUCCCUCAGAACCCCAGACUAUGACCUCUACUCCCACCCUGGUAUCCCAGAGUGGGUGACCCCCAGCAGUCAGCAGGAGCUGCAGACAGAGCUGUCAGAGAUGGAGGAGCAGUGGCUUGAUGACUAUGUGCAGUGUGGCCCCUUCUGCUUCCAGCAGAGGCUGCUAGAUGAACAGCAAGGCCAGCUUCGUCAGUAUGAGACUGCUGCAAGUCAGUGUGUUACUGAGCUCCAGAAGGCCCAGCUCCAGGUCCACUCUCUACAGGCCAAGAUCAGAGAGAGCGAGGACAGGAACCAGAAGCUGCAGGUGCGACGCGGGGACAUGGAGUGUGAGCUGCGCCUGGUCAGAGAGAAGGCCCAGAGACAGGAACGGAACGUCCUCAACCUCACCGACACUGUCAACAGCAAGGAGACUGAGGCAGCAGAGUUGUACCGGGUCAUAGAGGAGCAAAACAACGUGCUGUGUUCUUUGAAAGAGCUGGCCAACAGAACCCAGCUCCAGACACUACAGGUGUCUGGGGCGGAGUUAGUGCGAGGGCAGGGGGAGGUGCUGGCCCUCCAGGGCUCUCUGUUCCAGGCCCAGCUGGAGCUGCAGGAAGGCCAGAGAGCCCAGCGUCAGGCCACCAGGAGGGAGGAGGACCUCACCAGAGCCCUGCACCGCCUGGAGAAAGACCUACAGGGAGUCAUGGAGCACAGACACAGUACUGAGAGACACAACCAGGACUUGCGUCUGGUGCUUGAAAAAGCUCGGUCAGAGCUGCAGCGGAAAGAGGAACAGCUGAAAGAGAAGAAGGGAGAGAGACAGAGAGAGGAGGAGGAGAGGGAGAAGAGCAUCCGAGAGCUGAGGACCUCACUACAGACCAAAGAGCAGCUGGUGCAGGAGUACUCCGAGUUGUUGGACCAACAGCAGGAGCCGAGGGAGAAGAGGGACACUCUCCUCACCAAACUGAAAGAUCGCAUCAAGGACAGGGACAGAGCACUGGAGCGAGCGGUGGAUGAGAAGUUCCGACGUGUGGAGGAGAAGGAGGGAGAGAUGCGUCGGCUACAGCUUCUUCUCAGAGAGAAAGAGAGAGACCUGGAGAGACAACACUGUGUACUGUCCAACAACGAAGAGACCAUCACGAGCCUGGAAGUGCUGGUGCGUGGGAAGGGUUUGGAGCUGGAGCAGGUGUGUGAGGCAUGGAGGAGUGUACAGUGCCACCAUGAGGACAGGGAGGAGAGACACAGCCGCAGCCUGAGAGAGAGAGACACCCUCAUCAGCCAGCUACAGAACGCCCUGCACACACGUACCAAUGAGGCUGAGGACCUGACUGGAGCCCUGCUAGAUAAGGUGAAGGCAGGUCCCAGUGAGGUGGUGGAUGAGCUGAAGGCUCGCCUCUCUCUGAAGGAGAAACUGUUCCAGGAACUGCUGUCCGACCGCAGCCGCCAGGCCCAGGAGCACCACUCACAGGUCCAGGACCUGCUCAACACCAUCGGUACCAGAGACCAGUACAUCCAGGAAUCGGCAGGUCGUCUGAGUGAGGUGAUGAGUGAGCAGACUGUACGUCUCCAGGAGCUCCGCAGACAGCUAACCUCUUGCUCCCUGGCCUACGGGUCCCAGCUAGGCCUCCGGGGUCCAGACUUCCAGGGGACCAGCCAGGACCUCCGGGCCUUGCAGGAGGAACUGCGUCUGGCUCUGCGGAGGGAGGCCCAGGCUGAGCUCACAGCCCUCAGGACCCAGGGCACUGCCAGGCCAGCUGACAGGCAGGCAGAUUUUGAGGAAUUCAGCUCAGAGGACAACGAUAAUGUUGAGGUCAACAGUAACUAUGCAGACAGCAAGGAGGAAGAGGACUUCAAACUGACAGCUCGAACCCUAGCCACCAUGCAGAACUCUGGAGGACCUGGGAAGGGGAAGCUGUCCCAAGAGGCAGUGGGAGACGCCCAGGGGCUGGUGGAGGUGAAGCAGCUAGUGCAACAGAAGAGGGUGGUGGAGAGAGAGCUGCAGGAGCUCAAGGCUCAGCUGGAGAAGUCUGGCUUCUCCCUGACCAGGAUGAGGAAAGCCCUCUUCAGCCUACGCAUGGAGAACACGGAGUUGAAGUCUCACCAGACAGAGAGACGGUCAGAGACGGACCCCAGGGAUGAGCAGGGAUUCCUGGAAGAAGGGGGGGAUGAAGAAAAGCUGGAUGUGGAGGAGGAGGACGAGCAGCUGUGUGGGGUGGAUCUAUCUGGUGGCUGGGAGGAUGACUGUCUGUCCCAGGGGAAGCGCUGUGCCCCCAGGCCCACUUUGAGAGACCCUGGCCUGGGGAAGAGACACUGCACUAGGCCUGUCUCUCUGGACCUGGGAGACCUGCUGUCCCACUCCACAAAGGAAGGGGAAGACAUCACACCAAAUUAUACUCUAGUAACGCGUGCUACUGUAUGUAUGGACGAUGAUGUGGAGGAGGCAGGAGGAGGAGAAGCUGGAGACAGGAAGCAGAGCCCCACAGAAACAGUGAUGGUUGAGAAUGCUGUGCGGCUCCGGCUGAAGAGCAAAGAGCUCAUGGUUUCUGAGGCCACUGUGGAGGCUCAGGCGGAGCAGCUCAGAGACUACAGAGAUCUACCGAUGGAGACGUCUGUGCAGCAGGACAGUAAGCAGGUCCAGGUGGAUCUACAGGACAUGGGCUAUGAGACGUGUGGUCGCAGUGAGAACGAGGCUGAGAGGGAGGAGACCAGCAGCCCAGAGUUUGACGAUCUGGAGAUGUGUACUUCUCUGGAAUGCGGCGGCUCCCAGUGGUGGUCAGGCGUUGUGCAUCCUGGGAAGGCCGGUCCUCCAACAUCAACCUCCAAGGCUGAUGACUUCACAUCUCUCCAGCGAUUGGUUGAGGACCUGCGCUCGCAACUCUCCCGCUCCCAGACGGUGAUCCGGAGCCUCCAGGGCCGCCUGCGCUUCCUCUCCACAUCCAGUGACCCCUUCGGCCACUCCAACGGCCCCUCCACCCCCCGCAAGGUCAAUUGGGCCAUCCAGUUCCAGUCCUCGCCCUCCCAGAGCGGCCUGGAUGAGGACGAGGGCUGGGAGUCGUCUGGUGGGGGUCUAGGGCCCUCCCCACAUCACCCCAAACCCGACAAGGAUCUCCAGGAGCUGGUGUUUCGCGUGGGAGCCCUGGAGGACCAGCUGAGGAAGGGCAAAGGGACCCAAGCAGGGACUCCAGGGCUCCCUGCAGAGGGAAAGGCUUCCAUCUGGCCUGGGCCUGGGAAGUUCGAUACCCUAAUACAGGCGCAGGCCCGUGAGCUGUCGCACCUGCGCCAGAGGAUGCGAGAGGGGCGUGGCGUGUGCCACAUCCUGACCCAGCACCUGGGCGACACCACCAAGGGCUUUGAGGAGCUGCUGCGUGCCAAUGACAUUGACUACUACAUGGGCCAGAGCUUCAGAGAGCAGCUGGCGCAGAGCAGCGCCCUGGCACAGCGAGUCAGCACCAAGUUUAGCGGACGGGAUCAUCCAGAGAUGCAUGAUGACAAGACUGGCACAGAGCUGCUCGCCAUACGGCUGAGUAAGGAGCUCCAACAAAAGGAUAAGGUCAUUGAGUCCCUCCAAGCCAAACUCAACCAGCGCCAGCCGCGCUCUGACACACCUUGCAGUAGCCAUGCCCUCUCUGACACCACCGACCAAUCAGACCGCAUCUCAUUUGUGUCUGAUGAUCAGGGCUCCACCAAUGAGGACCUGGAGAUGUGCUCGGACAUAGACGCAGCCAGCGAGUAUGGCCAGGAGGACAGACGUGCCUCCCCUAGAGCCAGUACAGAUUCCCACUGUAACAGUGUGCCCAUGUCACGCCACCCCUCCACCCCUCCAACCAACACUUCAUCCCACAGACACCAGUCCUCCAUCAGCUGUCUCAGCAUGCAGCCGCCAGGGGACACACAGACACAGACAGGCCUCUACAGUGGGCCACUGUCCCGUUCCCUCCCCACCCCUCCCCAGCCCCAACCCCAGCCUCUCUACCACCCAGACCUCUCCUCUCAGAGAGCCCCUCUGCUCUUUGACCCCUACACGGGCACCCUGCGACCCCAUUACCAUGGCAGCGGGCCCGUGGGCUUCUCCCUGGCAGAGGUUCACCGGGAGCUGCAGAUGUUACAGAGACAGCUGGGAGAUACUGAGCGUUUUUCAGUUCCUUCUGCCAAGCCGUUUGUUGGCUUCCAGAUGUCGGCAGAUCCCUCCAGUUACCUGCCCCAGCCUCUGUCCUACCACCCCUUCCACCCGUCUCCUCACAGUGGCCCCAUGAAGGCGGGCACCAGCCUCCUGGAGAGCAGUGCAAUGUGGGAUAUGGCUUACGGUGCUCAGCCAAUUAGAAUUGGCGCUGCUGAUUUGUCAUCAGGGUCGUCAGGAUACCAGUCUGGCACCAGCCAUACAGGUUCUGACCUAUUGAAGGAGCAGCUGAGGGAGAUCAGGAGUCUACGUCAACGCCUGGAGGAUUCCAUCCAGACCAAUGACCGCCUCCGACAGCAGCUGGAGGAGAGACUGGUCAACCAAGCCAGAGACAAAGGUGCCCCCACCAACAUCUACAUCCAGGGCUUGGACUCUGUCAGCCAGCUUUCCAGUGAGAUCAGAGCUCUGAAAGAGGAGAACCUCAGCCUGCAGGACCGACUCCAACAGGCCAGCAGAGACAGCAGUAAGGAGGCGGAACAGCUGCGGGAGGCGUUGCUGUUGGGGCGUGCCCGUGUGAAGGAGGCAGAGUUAGAGACCGAGCGGUGGGCAGAGCCGGGCAGGAAACUGCAGAAGCAGACACAGGCUCAGACUCUGGAGAUCACCCAGCUGAAACAGGACAGGCAGAACAACCAGGAGGCCAUCAAAAGAUUGCAGCACGAGGUGAAUGUCUUUGAGCAGCAGGUGUGUGAGAGCCGUGGCCUUAUCCACUCUCUACAGUAUAAGCUCCAGAUGUACCACAGAGUGUGUGGCGUCCCCAAGAAUACACAUACAGGUGAGGGGUCACACUCAGGGGAGUCUGCGCCCUUUGACCCCAGGGACCUGCAUGUUCAGCUGGGGCAGCAGUUGACCUCUGCGACAUGCCCUCCUGCAGCGAAGAGACAGCUCUUCCACGACCCUGCUCUCUCUCCCCCUGUCCGAGAGACUGAACUCUUCAGCCCAGCUUCCCCUCUCUCCCCCACACUGGAUCCCCAGGAGACUGACUCUUCUCUGGAGGGUCAAGCCCCAGACGGCUCUUUUACAAACCGUAAUGGCCGCCAUGCUGUAGGGCAUGUUGAUGACUUCCAUGCCCUACAGCAGCAGAUGCUGGAGGGACACGUCCUCAUCGGCAAGAUGGAGGCUGCCCUCCAGGCCACUGCCAACCACGCUCUCCUGGAGCUCAGCCUGGAUAAGCCUGCGGAUCCUGGCUUCGCGAAUAGACUGCUGACCAGCGCUAAGACCCUGCGGCAGAUCCUUGAGGAAGCCAACUCCUUGCUCAGAAUGUUCUGGAGGGCAGCCCUGCCCAGUUGUGAGGGGUACCCUCAGAGCACCAAGGAGCUGUCUCUAAAGGAUGAGGUCCACACGCUCCGUCAGCGGAUCUCACAGCAGGAGGAGGCUCUAAGGGACGCCAUGGAGACCCUGAAGAGCUCCAACCGCACCAAAGACAGCAUGGAACACUUCAUCGUCAGCCAACUGUCGACGACAAAGGAUGUCUUGAAGAAGGCACGGACAAAUUUAGAGGAGAACAGGCAGAGAAUGUCCUCCAACUCCCCCCCUUCCUCCUCCUCUUCGUCCUCUUCCUCCUGUCCCUGGGUUGGUAAAGGUGAAAUCCCAAGAGGCUUCUGUGAGCUCACCCAUUCUGCUGGUUCGGGUGUUGUGAAGCAACAGAUAAAGGCUCCAUCACCAGAACUCCUACCGUGGCCCAGUAAUACCCAGGGUCUGACCCAGGGGGUUAACAGACUGCACCCCCCACAGCCAGCCUCUUUGUGAUGCACAAGCUUCAGCGUCCUCCUAAUACUGGAAGACAGGACAGGACUCUUCCUGUUUUAAAGGAAACAAAGUGCAUACCAGGUCUCUGGUUAAAUAGGGGGGACACUACAGUUGAGGGGAGACAGUCUGAUAGUCAGUAGAGGUUCAACCAGGUGUUCUCUGUGAUGUUUAUGAAUGUCGGCGUCUGUCUAUCUCAGGUGUUAUGUAUAGCUAUUGUAGGUGCUACGAAGGUUUCUCAACUGAAGUGUUUCCCCUAUUUAACCUGAUAUACAGUACUAGUCAAAAGUUUGGACACACCUACUCAUUCAAAGGUUUUCUUUAUUUGUACUAUUUUCAAAUUUUGAGAUAAUAGUGAAGACAUUAAAACUAUGAAAUAACACAUAUGGAAUCAUGUAGUAACCAAAAAAGUGUUAAACAAAUUAAAAUAGAUUUUAUAUUUGAGAUUAUUCAAAGUAGCCACCCUUUGCCUUGAUGACAGCUUUGUACACUCUUGGUAUUCUCUCAACCAGCUUCACCUGGAAUGCUUUUCCAACAGUCUUGAAGGAGUUCCCACAUAUUUGACCCGAUUCAGGAAACUAGUCGUAUGUCGCAAGUCACGACUUCACAGGAGAGCCGUUUAAAACAGAAAUGCUUUCUCGAACAUGUGAACUUUCAUGUGUCUUAGUAACCAACUUCUAUGCCAUCUGUAAAUACAAAAUAAAAUAGUUAAAUUAA